UGUUUCUUCGACGCCAUGGAGUGCACCAGGUCCUUGUUCGUGUGCUGGGCCGUGGCGGUCGUCUGCUGGGCCGCGGCGGCCGCGCAGCCUCAGGGCCAGUCUUUGGAGUCGGCGGUUCUGUCAGCGCCGUCCGGCAGCCCGGCCAGCCCAGCCAGCGCCCUGCCGCAGUCGCCACAGCCGCAGCAAGCCUCGCUACCGCCAUCGCCACAGCCCAUGCAGCCGCAGCCCCUGCAGCCGCAACUGUACCCGCAGUCGCCGCCGCAGCUGGCGCUGCCACUGCCGUUGUCACCGCAGAACACGGUACUGCUCCAGUGCCGGCAGACGGUUCCCUCCACGGAUUUAGACAUUGCGGAGAUCCAAAGGCAGAUUCUACCGGUGUCUCUCGCCGGGCAGUGUCUUCUAGCUUGCGCGGCGCAGCGGCUCGGCUACAUGCAGCCCAACUUCCCGCUGCAGAUGCAGGGCGCGGGCGCCCUCAUGAACACGCUCUACCCGUCGCGCGGAUUCGACCCGACUUUCCAGAACUCGCUCAUGAGCACCGUCAACCAGUGCCUCGUGCAGGCCGAUCCGUUGGCCCAGCUGGCCUAUUCUGGCAGACUGCAGUGAACCUGUUCAACACAGCGAGACAGUUCAAUCCCAUCCCCGGCCUGCUGGGCUGAACACGCUGUGCUUUUUUGAUGGGACUGUAUUGAAAGGGAAUAAAGUUUUGGUUAGUCUUUUGAUAGA